GGGGAAGGGGCUGGCCGCCGCCAAGGGCGGAGGCUGGAAGAGAGAGAGAACUAGGCUUUGGGACUCCAGACCAAGGCCAAGGCCAAGAUUGCCAAAACCGAGGGAGGCAUGCGGGGCGCGGGGCCAGGGGAGAGGGCGCGGGAAGCCCGGGAGGCUGUGGCCGAGUGCAGGGCGGCGUACGAAGCGCUCAACAGGUUCACUGCGAGCUACAGGCAGUUGGUGCUGGGAGUGGGCAGCUCGGCUGACGGGAGGAGGCUGCGCCGGGCUCUGGAGGAGAGCGGCCGCAGGGGCUUCGAGCUGAGUCUGGGCCUACGGAACCAGCUUUUGGCCGAGCUCACAGAACCAGGGGGCAGGCAGGAGGAAGAGAUGAAGAUGGAGCUGGAGCGGAUCUGGGUGCUCUGUCUGUCUGCCCUGGAAAUUUUCCUGCAGGAUCUGGGUCGGGCCCAUUACCUCAGCCAGCUUUUUCCCUUGCCAUCUCUGGCCUCAGGGACCCAGUUGGUCAAUACUGGAGUUACAUCCUUUGGGCCUAAGGGAUGGAGCCUGAGACGGCCCAGUGGGAAGGCCUCUGAAAGAGCUAGGGAGCUGCCUGAAGAGCUGGCCCACUGGGGGCAACGCCUGGAAGAGAUGCUCUUGGAGAUGGAGACUAAGGUCAAUGUACCUGUGUGGAGUGUGGAGGCCACAGUGGGUGAUCCUGGAGCUGAAGAACCCAGCCCUGAGGGCUCAGCUGGGAGGGGUCCUCAGGGAUGCUGUGCCCGGGCUCCACUCAGGCUUCAAUCUCAUUGUAUAGUGGCAUGAAGGAAUCUAGGCUUAGGGCAGGGACAGCUUCCCCACUUCCCCUUGAGAGGUCAGUAGAUGUCAGUCUUCUACACCAGGGGAACCACUUUCAACAUAAGGCUAAGUCACUUUCUUUCCCAGUUCAAAUCCCAGCAGGAUGUGUGACAACCAGAGGGCAUUAAAAGAAAAAUAAGUCUCUUACCCCAAGAGUAAGGCUGAAGUGCAGCUACAAAUAUGAAACAGCUGGGGGACAGGAUAAUAGUGAAGAAACACUACAUUGUAGAAGACCCAGCUUCUAGGUCCAUUGAUUUAGCUAUGUCUGGCUCUCGCUUUCCCCAUCUGUGGUAGAGGAUUGGUUUGGACCAGCUGAUCCAGUUCCAGGAUUCCUUCUAAUUCAAAACAUUCCAUGGCCUAUGUUCUAAUGUCCUCCCUAGCUCUGACACUGUAUACUGCUAGAGAGACUAGCCCAGACUCUGGGGAAUUGUUUCCUCUAGGCCCAGGCUCAGCUUACAGCUCCCUCAGUUCCCCAUCCUGUCUCAGAGAGCCAAACAACACAACAGCUUAAAAAAAAACAACAAAACUUUAUUUAUUUAUACAUUAAUGUUGAGGGCUAGACUGGAGCUUAAGAAAAAAAAAGAAAAGAAAAACAGUCUAUGAUACAGAGUCCUGAACAGAAGGGAGAAGAGGAAGAAGACAGGUUAUGAAGAAGGGAAAAAGACACACACACACACACAUACACAUAGACACAAGAUGAGGGAAGGUAGGCUGGGCAGCCAGGGUCAGGGCUCUUGGCUAGUCACCUGCUUCAUGUAGGUUUCCAGCAGGUACUUUUUAAAGGCUGGGGAGAGAACAGGAUGAGUAGGUAAGCAAGUGGCCUGGGGGUUUCCAGGGACAUGCCAGUGUUUUGGCAAGCCCCCAAAGGGUUAACAUUAAAUCCAAUAGUUUUAGAAAUGAGGUAGUCUGGCCCUUUUUCCAAUUUCUUCCUUGAUCCUAGACUGCCCCCUUUCCUUCUAAUCAUUUCUAGGGGAGCUGCCAGCAUUAGGGGUGUUGUGUCUGUACCCUGCCUUUACCCAAAAUCUCCUGGUGAGCUACUAGAAUUAGUUCUCUUCCUAACCAAAGUCCAAGCUGUCUCUCCCAAGUUUCUUUCUGUUCCAUUCACUUAAAGAGUAUAUAUAUUUUAGUUAAAAGCUUUCCUGGGAUUUUUGCAACAGCUAUUCUUAAAAUACCACCAUGGGGAGAUUUAUCCUUCUAGCCAUUCUAAGGACAAGGAGUUGGAUCUAUAGAGGGUAGGAUUUUUUCAUUUUAAAUCCUCUAGGGAAAAGGCUGGAGUUCCUGUUUUAGCAGAGGACCUACCUGUAGGGUUUGUCCAAAGUUCAGCAGCAUGUGUGUUCAAUGGGCUGUCAAUGUUGGGUUCUGUAGGUGGAGACAACACAUUAGGAAGGAAAGUCCAGAAAAACAACUGUCAGGGAAAUUGGAGUUCUGUGGGAACCAGGCUCAGAUGCGCAGUAAUUAAGGUUAGGUUAGAUGGCUUCUGACAUUCUGUGUUCUAUGGUCCCUUCUAAACAGGGCAUUCUGUAUGUUACGAGAUGGUAAAAAGUAGAGUAAAGGGUAAUCCUAAACCUCAGAGGAAGGUCAGGGGUGAGGGCAGGGGAACAAAGGAAAUCCCAAAGAGCUAGCAGGCAUCACCUCCCAGCAGGCUCUGGAUAGACAGCAGGAUGGUCCUGACAUCAUACAGAGCUGACCACUUGUCCUUGAGGAUGUCCAAACAGAUAUUGCCUUGGGUGUCCACAUUAGGAUGGUAACAAGGUGUGACAAAUUUCACAGUGGGAGCAUUAUAUGGAUAGCCGCUGGGGAACUCCAGGGAGAGCUUGUACCUUAAGUCUUCAUAUACCUGGGGAGGAAGAAGCACCCAGAUAAAUUAGCAAGUGGAAUUAUGAUGGGCUUGAGGGGACAAGUAAGCUACAAGAGGCACUUAACACUGGAACAGUCAGAAGGCGCGAGUUUUAGUCCCUCUUUUGCCCUAGUUCAUGGGCAAGUCAGCUUCAGUUCUUCAUCUAUGAAAUGCUAUUACGAUAUGCCCUUCCUAGUUCACAGGGCUGUAGAGAUGAUCAGUUGAGUCAGGGGAUGUGAAAACUCCUGACUUACAAAUUGUAAGAGAUUAUCACUAUUUUGGGGGGCCUGGGGUUUUUUCAUCUACCCCUCAAGGGAUUCCUCUCACCCAAAUCCUCAGUUCAUCACCAUAACAAAGCAAACUCCACCAUGUCCUGCCCAUUUCCAAUCCUUGAUACUCACUGUCCCAGCUGCCCCAUGGAUGGUCCCAACCCACUUGAAGAGAUUGUCUGACUCUGGGAAAGCAGAAAUUCCUUUGUCUCCAGACAUCUGCAGAGGAAGAAUAAACCUUUUCUGGGGUGGGUUGCUAAGCAUGCAACUUUAGAUGAUCCCUAAGGUCCCUUCCAAGACUCUGUGCCUCUAAAGGGGAGGGGAGAAUAGUUGGGUGAAAAGGCAGCAGCCUAAAGCCAUACUGUUUUGCUUAUUGAUGACCCCAAUAAAAUACUCCUAACUUG